UAUUAGGUGUAUCGUUCGCAUUCGAGGUAAGACUCACCGGACCUGCCAAUUCCUUCGUCGAAAGCAAGCGCCGGCUAUGGAUCGCCUCCAGCUUCUUCUGCUAGGGUUUCCUGUAUUCCUCUUCUUCUCAGAUAUCGUUAGUAUCUUCUCCCCUCCUCCUACGUCUCCUCCUAUUAAGCCUUCUCCGCAACAUUAUCACCAGCCCCAAUCUCAAUCCGUACCCCAAGUGCCUGAUUUCGCUGCUGUUCAGGGCUCUCAGGUACGAGGAUCCGGUCAUGGCAAUGUAGUUGAGCUCAAAUUUUGUGCCUCUUGUUCAUAUAGGGGAACUGCAGUAAACAUAAAGAAUAUGCUUGAAGCUUCCUUUCCUGGAAUUGAGAUUAUCCUAUCAAACUACCCUCCUGCUUUUCCGAAACGCAUAGCAAGCAAGGCAGUUCCUGUUGCCCAAGUUGGAUUGAUCACAAUUAUUGUGGCUGGAGAGCAUAUUUUUCCUAGAUUGGGAAUGGUACCUCCUCCAUGGUACUACUCUCUUCGUGCCAAUAAAUUUGGAGCACUUGCUUCCACUUGGCUUCUUGGCAAUUUCCUUCAAUCUUCUCUACAAAGUUCUGGCGCUUUUGAGGUUUACUGCAAUGGUGAAUUGGUUUUCUCAAAAUUGACGGAGCAAAGAUUUCCUGGUGAGAUUGAACUGAGACAACUGAUCGCUAACAAAUUGCCAGCCCCAGCAUUUGGGAAGAACCUUGACGUAGUUUGGUCCUGAAUGAUCAAGUGAAUGCAAGUUAAUGCCUUUUCUAACACUAAGCGCCAUGUCAUUACUGCUCUACAAACAAGUAAUCUUUUUUGAAAUGUUCUAAUUUAGAAUUUACUAGCCGGGUAUGCUUAGUAUAGUUGAAUAAGAUCGUCUCUGUAAAUCUGCAUUUAUAUUUAAGAUCUAAGACUUGGAAAAUUUACCUGCUGCUAUGACUGGAUUUAUUAUUAUUAUUACUCUAUCAGCUGCAUUUCAUUUUGCAAUAA